AUGGCGUCAGCCAAAAAGCGCGUGGAAAUGGCUUUGGCGUCUAAAGCGAAACUACAAACUGCACCACAUGUUCAAAUAAACACUCAUGUGGAUGAUCCUCAGAAGUCUCUUGAGGAGCUAUUUACUGCAGGAGUUCGUACUCAUGAGAAGAAAUUAUAUGAACGUAGAAAGAACACUCCGAACAGCAUACCUGUCUCAUUUAAUCAAAGACCAGUUUCGAUUAAAUCAAGAGGUUCAUCAGCUGGACAUUCGCGUGAAGGAUCAAGUGAUGAUGGAAUCGGUUCAAGUGGUCGUCAGACUCUUAGUCCAAGUUCUGUUUCAUCAGCUCAUUUUAGUGGACCAUAUCAAGGAUCAGUUCAUACUCGACAAGGAUCGGCUCCAGCUUUAAUUAAUUAUGGCAGCGUUUUGGAGCAACAGUCCAAUCGACCACCACCAGCUCCGAUACAUACGACUUCAAAAUCAUUAAGCGUAGUCACCAUGUCCGAUGCAAGUGAUCAGUAUCUUUCCACCACCCAUAGAGCAGCAAAAAGUUGUGACUUAGAUGCUGAAUCCAAUCGUCAUUUAGAAGUCGGAUUCACACCUGAAGGGCAGCCAUUUUAUAUCGAUCAUCAUCAAAAAAUUACAUACUGGAGCGAUCCACGAGCAAAAAGUCAAUCAUUAGACCCGAUAGCUUUGGGGAUAAAUACUAACCCGGUGAUACAACAGCAAUCGCUGUUACCCACACCGAUACAACAAAAUAUGUGCCAGGAUUCCGAUGGUAAUCUUGGUCCUUUGCCUGAUGGUUGGAUGAAAAGUUACGAUCACAAUGGUGAUCUAUAUUUUAUUGAUCAUAUUAAUCAAACUACUACUUGGUAUGACCCGAGAAUCCCCCAUCAUUUGCAAGAAGAAAAAAUUCGGCAAAGGCAUGGACGGCCAAAUAUCGAUCAAUUGAAGCGAACCAUGUUUGAUAAUUCGCAAGACACUUCAUCAUCUCUUGUUCAACAACUGCAAAUUGAGCGUAGAGGAAUGCAAGAACGGCAAGAGCAAUUGUGCAGAGAGCAACAAGAUUUAUUUUGCCGUUCAAUUGUAAAUUAG